CACUGUACAUGAGAUUACCUGCAGCUGCCUCGGAUAUCUCUCUGAUCAAUUGAGGAUUCUCCCCCUUUGUCUCUCUCUCUCUCUCUGUACUUGUAAAGUUGGUUCCUUCCACUUGUUGCAAAACGGUGUUCAUUUUUUGAGAACCGUUGUUCAGUGGAAAUGGGAGAUGCAUGCAAAGAUUGGAGCAAAUGGGCAGAGGACAUUUAUUGGACCCAUUUCCAAACCUUUCACUUCUAUCAGUUUCUCCUCAGUGGUUUUGAUCGCCGGCUUGUCAUCCCCAAAACAUUUUCUGAUAAUUUGAAAAAGAAGCUGCCUCAAAGUGCGACUCUUAAAGGUCCUAGUGGUUUAACAUGGGAUGUAGAAUUGACAACUAAUGAUGAUACAAUGUUCUUUAACCAUGGUUGGCAAAAAUUUGUGAAGGAUCAUUCUUUGGAAGAGACUGAUUUGUUGGUCUUUAGGUACAAUGGUUGGUCACAGUUUGACGUUUUAAUCUUUGAUGGGAAGAACUUGUGUGAGAAGGGGGUUUCGUAUUUUGUCAGAAAAUGUGGGCAAACUGAACAUGACAACAGAUGCUUGACUAAGAAAAGAUUAAGGGAAGGUUCUAUGGAUGAUGCUCACACCCCUUUGGAUGUUGAUGCUGGAUGCACCUCACCAGUGAACUCUAUGGGUGAUGACAGUGUCACAGUGCCUUCUGAACAAUGUAUCAACUCCCUGGUUGCUAAUAAAAGGACCCGGCAGAGUGCUAGGCGUGUUGGGAGCAAGAAACCUGCUACUAAUGGAGAGGGAGUGAAGUCCAAUCCAAGUGAUGAUGCUGCAGAUUCACCCACCAAGAAGAAUGGGGCACAAGUCCAGCAAUUUGUGUCAAAUAGAAGGCCAGUAACUGAAGAUGAGAUCAAGAGUGCCUUGGUUUUGGCUCAAGCAGCAUCAAGUGAUGAUACUUUCCAAGUAGUUAUGCGACCCACACAUGUAUACAAGAGACAUUUUUUGUGGAUCCCUUCCGAAUGGGUGAUGAAUCAUCCCUUAAAGGAAAACCAAGAAAUCUAUCUACGUUUUAACGAGGGUACAUGGCGGGCUAAAUAUUUUUAUAAUCGAGGUCGGGGUAACGGAGGGAUUACUAGUGGGUGGAAACAUUUUGUUCUAGACAACAACCUGGAGGAAUUCGAUGUCUGCCUGUUCAAGCCUGCUGAUCGAAUGGACGGCUCUUUUGUCCUGGAUGUUAGCAUUUUCCGGGUUGUUCAAGAAAUUACCCCUCUGACUGUAUUGACUCCACCACCAAAAAGGGGUAGACCAAAAUCAAUCAAGAGCACCAAACCACAAGCUUGUGAUUCAUAUAAGAUGUGAUACCUUGAUGUGGUCUAGAAUAUCAUACAUUUUGAGCAUGAAAGAGGGUUCAGCUGCCUAUAGACUGUUUAUGUAAUAUAUUUACCUUUUAAGUACUCAAAUUAGGUUUGGUGUAUGUAAUAUAUUUGCCCUUUGGAGUUCUCAAAUUAGGUUUGUUGCCAUACUACUUAUUGAGGUUAAUAGUGAUUUUGUUCAUGUGUUUAGUGAAGGCUUGG